UAGUUAACGAAAUAAGUGCGCUCUACAACACUACUAAGUAAGCAGCUGUUUGUGACAUUUUUACUUGUUGUGUUUUAGAAGAAAUCCAACCCAUCUCGGAAUUUAUCAGUUGUUCCUCACAGUUCCUAAGUCAACUGAACGCCUUCGAAAAGAUGAGCGAUGAACCGUGGCCGGAGGAUGCAGUACUUUAUCAGCCAUAUGAAGCAGAGCAGAUACUUUUGCCGGAACACGCUAGCUGCUUAGCUGUAAAAGCGUAUCUCAAAAUGUGCCAACUACCUUUUGAAGUUCGCUCAUGUGCAAAUGCUGAAUACAUGUCACCAGGCGGGCGUAUGACAAAGCUGCCAUUUAUUCGUGCCGGAGCAUUCAUAGUGGGUGAAUUUGAACCCAUCGUCAAUUUUAUUGAGCAUAAAGGCUCCGCUAUCGGGCAGUGGUUAGAUGAUGACAACAAGGCUGAUAUGCGUACCUAUGUAUCAUUGGCUGAGAACAUAUUCACAAUGGCCGAACUAUAUAUCAGCUUCGUCAAUAAAACUGUGUAUGAGAAAGUGACAGCUCCACGGAAUGGCUGUGUUUUUCCAUGGCCACUUAAUCUCAUACAAAAUUACUCUAAACGACGAAAUACACUGCGUUUGCUGAAAGUAUAUCAAUGGAACGAUAUGACAAUUGAAGAUGUUAUCGAAAAGGUGGAAAAAUGUUGCGAGACAUUAACAUUGAAACUCGAAGAGUCGCCCGAUACACCGUUCUUUUAUUCGGACCAGCCAUGCGAAUUGGACGCUAUUGCUUUUGGACAUCUUUUUGCUAUUAUAACAACGGAUUUACCAAAUAUGGCACUUGCACAGACAGUGCGAAAAUUUAAACGUUUGGUAGAGUUUUGCCAAUUUAUCGAUGCAAAAUAUUUCCAAAUGAGGUCUCUAUAAACUGUUUUGUGUAAUUUGUUAUUAUUUGCUUGCACUUUAGGCAGAUUUUUAGGUGCUAAUUUUUGUGUUACUAAUUUCCACGCAAAUGAGUUUUGUUUGAAUGUGCUGCACACUAUUUGUUCUCGUGUCGUAUAUCUUAAAUACAUAUUUUAAAAUGAAAAUAAUCUUCCACAUUAAACCGUUUGCAUUUAAGUACUUUUUAUUUCCCACAGUUAAUAUAGCUUUUGCAAUUUAGCCGAAUACUCUCUAAUAAAUUAUAUUUUGUUGAACCGUAUAUACGUUACAUAUAGCAUGUAUGUGUAUGUUCAUUGAAAUUUUUAGUCAAUUAAUACUAAUUUAGAAGCUAAAAAAAAACUUGGUUUAAUUUGCUAAAAAGUUUAGUUAAAAUAUGGUGCACAUAUAAUUUGUUCUAAGUUUUAGGAAUAUAUAUAUUUAUAUAUGGUAUAUACUUGAUUAUCGAAACUAAUUUUAUUGUAUUAAUUUUCAGUAAAUGAAUCUGAAUUGCUAAGCCGAUCCAAGAUGCGAGCAAUCCCACUUUAUUCAUAUUUAUCACUACACAUUUUCUAUAAAAUAAUAUUGAGAUAUACAUACAUAUGUAUGUGUAUACGUACAUAUAAAUUGUUAAUAAUAUAAACCAAUGGAAUUAUUUUUAAUAAAACCUUUCCUAAGACAUUUGAUGACAAAAACCAUUUGAAAACAA